CACCGCAAACCCACACGUUCGCUCGGCCUCCUUUCCCCCUCGCCGUCCCUCCCUCGCUCAGACCGACGAGCACCGCCGCCUCCCACCAGCAUCUCCUGCCGCCGCCGCCUAACUCCCUCCCUGUGCCGGAGUCCCAGCUCCCCGCAGCGUCUCGUGUUCCGCCCCUGCAACGACUCCAGCCCCCGACUGCACAGCCCUCCUUCGAACUCGACAUCGAUACCAACCCUAUCGGCACCGGCGCCGGCGAGGCGAGGCGAGGCGAGGCGACCAUCCGGGUGUCACUUUCCCGAGGUUUGCGGGCGAAUCCCUGUCUAGAUAGCCGCCUAGCCCUCUCCCUGCGCCGUUGAGAGCGAGGAGGGGGAGGCGAUGGGGACCAUGACGAUCGGUGCCAAGUACAAGACCACGCUCAGGGACCCCGGCCACGGCGGCGUCCUCCGCAUGAGUGAAGACAAGUUAAUAUUUACCCCUAAUGAUCCACGCUCACUAAUGAAGCUCAAUGUUGAUUUCCGAAGCAUCAAAGGCCACAAGUUUAACAAGGUAGAUGGCAGCAAACCAACGCCGCCAUUAUUGAAUCUUUCAAAAGAUUCUGACAAGGGGGGAGGCUAUAUUUUUGAGUUUGACAAUGUUGGUAACCGUGAUUUGUGUCGCGACUUUGUAGCUAGGGUUUUAGGCAAACAUCAAGGUACUGUGCCUGCUAGAACAAAUGUACCUCCAGAAAAAUCAGCUGUGUCAACUGGUCCAGAACAGCUCAGUUCUGCCGAAAUGGAACGGCGGAUGAAAUUGCUACGAGAAGACAGUGAACUGCAGAAGUUACAUAAGAAGUUUGUGCUUGGCAAUAUUCUGCAAGAGUCUGAAUUUUGGGCAACAAGAAAGAAUUUACUUGACGAUGAAACAAACAAAGCAUCAAAACAAAAGCCAGGUUUCAAAAGUGCCAUGCUAGCUGAUGUUAGGCCAUCAGCUGAUGGACAGACAAACAAGGUUACUUUCAGUCUGACUACUGAGAUUAUCCAUCAGAUUUUUGCAGAAAAGCCAGCCGUGCAUCGGGCAUUUUUGGAUUAUGUCCCGAAGAAGUUGUCAGAAAAGGAUUUUUGGACAAAAUACUGUAGAGCUGAGUAUCUACUUAGGACAAAAAAUACUUUAGCGGCAAAAGCUGAAGCCGCUGAUGAUGAGGAAUUAGCCAUGUUUUUGAAAAAUGAUGAUAUACUUGCCAAGGAGGCAAAGCUCAAGAUAAAACGAGUUGAUCCAACAUUAGACAUGGAGGCAGAUGCAGGGGAUGAGUACAUCCAUCUUCCGGAUCAUGGGGUUCUCCGUGAUGGCAGCAGAGAGACAACUGAUAUUGAUAGCGAGUUGGCUAGGAGAACACUUUCUCAGGAUCUGAAUCGGCAUGCUGCUGUUGUUCUUGAAGGGAGAUCAACAGAUAUUGAAUCAACUGAUACGAAGACUGUGGCUGAAGCACUUGCAAGGUCCAAGAAGGAACCACCUCCUAGCUCUGCUGCUGAUGAUGCUAGUCAUGAGAGAUUGGUAAAGGUGGCCCGCAUGACUGAGAUAGAGGAUCUGCAAGCUCCACGAAGUCUCCCAUAUGCACCACUUUGUAUAAAGGAUCCUCGAGAAUAUUUUGAUUCUCAGCAAGCAAAUGCUCUGAGACCUUUAGGUAGCAACGAUGGAAGAAAGGCCCGCAGCUGCAGCCUGAGCACCGAUGAUGCAUUCCGUCAUUUAAUGGAUCAAAUAUCUUCUGUGAAAAUGAACUGUCCUGUUGUUCAGUCAGAUGUUGCUCUAAAGGUUCUUAGCGAAUUGAAUGAAGGAAUUUCACGUUCACGGAGGCUUAAUCUUAAGAAUCCCCAAGACAGUCUCCUUGGUCGUCUUCCUCACCGAACACGAGAGGAACUUAUGGAUCAUUGGACGGCUAUCCAGGAGUUGCUGCGCCAUUUUUGGUCAUCAUACCCAAUAACAACCACAGUCCUUAGUAAUAAGGUUCAACGGCUGAAGGAAGCAAUGACACAGAUAUAUCAGAAGUUACAGGAUAUAAAGGAAUCAGCACAGCCUGAUGUACGACAUGAAAUAUCUCAACUCGUAAAGCCCAUGACACAGGCGCUGGAUGCUGCAUUCUACCAUGACCAGCAGCAGAAAUCUUCAAAGGCCGGUACCGGGAGCAAGCCCAAUGGGUUUUGAGCAGAGAAAACCCCCCAUAAGGAUUCAGCCUGAUUACUGCUAGAGCGUGAGGGCUACCACGCCGGUGAGCUCUAGGCGGCAAUGAUGCCGUGUUGAAGAGGCUUUGAUUUUGCCGUGUAUUAAUUAUUAAAUACACGUGGAACAUAAUAACAUGCCUACUUGCAAAUUUUGCCCUGGACAUCUCGCAUUCCUCCCCUCCUAGCUGUUUCAAGAUAGAAUCAUCAUUCUGGUUCUUCGUUGUGUUUAUGGAUGUCCUAUUUCCCCUGCAGUGGCGAUGUGCAAAUGGUUAUAAAUAAAGAAAAUCCUGAUGAAAAGAUAGGUAUACCAUGAUA